AUGGCGGGAAGAGGGAAGCUCAUCACAGUGAUGGGAGACGAGGACACAGUGACUCGUUUCCUGCUGGGCGGCAUAGGGGAGCUUAACAAGAACAGCCACCCCAAUUUCCAGGUGAUGGAGAAGGAUACAACCAUUCAUGAGAUCGAAGACACUUUCUGGCAAUUUCUAAACCAGGAUGACAUCGGCAUCAUCCUCAUCAACCAGUACACAGCAGAAAUGGUGCGGCAGGCCCUGGACGCCCACCAGCACUCCAUCCCCACUGUCCUGGAGACCCCCUCCAAGGAGCACCCAUAUGAUGCCACCAAGGACUCCAUCCUGCGCAGGGCCAGGGGCAUGUUCACUGCUGAAGAUCUGCACUAG